UUGCCACUUCACUCCAAUCUGCCGUUUCCAAUGCUGAGCGAUCGGGAGCGCAUAUAUGAACAUCUGUGUGUGUCACCUAUGAAGGGAUUGCAACGCCUCUUGUUACCGGUACCGUCAUUUCUUUAUAACUAUAUAUCGGACUUCUUAUACAAUUCUUCGUCUAAUAUUAUAUUUUUCUGUUGGGUUUAUCGUUUAGAAAUCGGAUAAAAAUAUAAAUCGGAUGCAAAGGUAUCGGAUAAAGAUAUAAAGAUCUGUAUAAUUGUAAUACAUACGUUUUUAGAACUUAAUUUGUAGUUUUGAGUAAACAAUAUUUAAUUUUGUUUUAUUCAUGCUUAUAGCUUAGUUUAGAUCGAAUCAGAAUCGAUUAGAAUUCAAGCGUUUUAUAGAAACAAUCAUAGUUUUACAUACAUUUUUAAUUUAUUUUUGAUCUAUAAAUGUUUUUAUAUUUUGCGGCUUUUGAUACAGGAUUUUAGUUCUAUUUUUGUUCAAGCGAUACGUAUUAGAAUGCAACUUUGAAAGUUGAAUCGUAGACGGGGAUUCAGUCAUGCUGCUUGUGAUGUUUUUUUGCGUGCUGUCUCGGGUCCUUUCGGAGGACGCGGGGGCUCCUCUUACUCUUCGUUACCACGUAAUGGAGGAGCAGCCCCGCGGCACAAGAGUGGGUCAGCUGAGCAGCAACCUGCAGCAGCGAUGGGAGAGCGGCUCCCAUGAGGACUUUCAGGUUGUGGAGCACGGCCAUGUGCUACACUUCGAAGUCAGGGGAGGUGACGGUCUGAUUACCACACGCAGCCGGCUCGAUCGUGAAGCUCUGUGCCGUGACUCGGGCCUGUGUGAGAUACAUUUUAGUGUACUGUACCGGCAGGAUGGUACAAUGCACUUUCUCAAUGUAGUGGUGGAGGUGGAAGACAAGAAUGAUCACGACCCUGUAUUUCCCAAUGCUGAGCAGGAAGUGGAGAUCUCUGAGGCAGCUGCGCUACACACGCGCAUCCCGCUGGACCAUGCUGUGGACCCUGAUGCUGGGCCCAACAGCCUGCAGACCUAUUCUUUGACCUCCAACCAACACUUUGCCUUAGAUGUUAAAUCUCUGUCAGAGGGUGGCAAGCAAGUGGAGCUGGUGGUCAUCAAAGAGCUGGACCGUGAAAGCCAGUCCUCAUUUGAGCUGGUUCUAAUGGCCUGGGACAAGGGUAACCCUCCCAGAUCAGGUAGCACACUGGUCAAGAUAAACGUGCUAGACUCCAACGACAACAGUCCUAUGUUUGAGGACAGCACUCCCACCAUAGUGGUGAGCGAGAACACCCCACGUGGCACUCCUGUUAUUACCGUGAAGGCCAGUGACCCUGAUCAGGGAGCCAAUGGACAAAUUGAAUACUUCCUUAGCAAGCACUCCCCUUUGGAUGUGCGAAACCUCUUCAGUGUGGACCGCAUUAAUGGCACCGUGACUCUGAUUAGCACUUUGGACUAUGAGAUGAAGCGCUCUUAUGAGGUCGACAUCCAGGCAAGGGACCUGGGUCCCAAUGCAAUGCCCUCCCACUGCAAGGUACAUGUAAAGGUGACGGACGUUAAUGAUAAUGCCCCCAAAAUUCACGUCACGUGGACACCCCAGGGCUCGCCAGUGGCAACUGUUGCAGAAGGCGCAGCAGACGAGACCUUUCUUGCGCUGGUUAUGGUGUCAGACAUGGACUCAUGGGCAAAUGGGGAAGUUCGCCUUCACAUCAAACAUGCAGCAGGUCACUUUCGUCUCAAGAAGAUCCAUAGGGAUAACUACAUGAUCAUCACGAAUGGCACCUUGGAUCGUGAGCAGGAGAUGGAAUACAAUCUGACGUUGAUCGCCCAGGACUAUGGUGACCCUUCACUGUCCUGUGUCACAUACCUGACUGUUCAUGUGCAAGAUGAGAAUGACAAUGCUCCUACCUUCUCACAGACUCAUUACAUAAUCUCUGUCAAAGAAAACAAUGAUUUAGGCCUACAUGUACUCACUGUGCAAGCCCAUGAUGUUGACCUGGAUCUCAGCGGGAAGAUCUCAUAUUCCAUCCAGGAGUCAAAUGAGCUGGGGACAUCCACAACGUUCUUCUCCAUCCAUCCCACCAGUGGAGCUGUCUUUGCCCGGCAGUCAUUGGACUACGAGGAGUCUCACACCUUCUCCUUUGUUGUGGAGGCCGUGGACCACGGCCAGCUGCCACUCACCGGCAGCACCACAGUGGUGAUCAAUGUUCAGGAUGUCAAUGACAAUGCCCCCGUUAUUGAAGACCCAGUUCCAAAGAAAGGCAGAGCCCGCAUAAGUGUUCCAGUCAAUGCAGAAAAAGGAGAGGUAGUGAAAGAACUAGGGAAUAAGGUCGAUGUCCAUCAUGAGCUUAGUGGUCCAUCCUCAGUAGAAGGCAAUCACUCCGCUGCUGGUCAGCCUGAAGGUUUCCUGGCCACAACGAUCAGGGCUAGUGAUUUAGAUUCUGGCAUUAAUGGGAAAUUGCACUUCAUGAUAACGAACAAAAAAUCUGAUGGGUUAUUUUGGCUUGAUGAUUCUACAGGAAAACUAUUUGUAAACACAAGCAAUGCUACAGAGCUGAUAGGCAAAAUGUAUGAGAUUGAGGUCACAGUGUCUGAUAUGGGGACUCCUGUAUUAUCCACUAGCACUCUGUUGGAGAUCACUUUUAUCAACUUGCUCGACCACUUAAAGAACUCAUCCCCCAGCCAGCGGGGCCAGUUGACUUUCACAAUGAUGCUCGCUGUCUGCCUGGGAGUCACCUGCCUGCUGGUUCUCCUGGCUGUGGCCCUGAUAACAACAUUCUGUCGUCCAGAAAAACGUGACAGCAGGGCUUAUAACUGCAGACAGGCCGAGUCCAGCUACACACGGCAUCCUCGGCGUCCUCAAAAACAGAUUCAGAAAACCGAUAUCCAGCUAGUACCAGUCUUGAGAAGUCGGAGGGAUGACCCAACCAAGAGUGAAGCCCAGAGACUCUCCUCUGUUGCUUCAGAAGUUGAAGAACCUUUCCUUUCUCUACCAAGCAGUGAUACGGGGCCACAUGAAGCUUUUUCUGGGCAGGAGACCUUUCCACUAAACCCCCUGAGGGCACUCUACAACUCUACUAAUGAUGAGCUUGAUGGAACCUUGCCCCGAACCCCUGCUGCGACUUACCGCACAUUGCGUCGAAGCAGGAACUCGGAGUCUGCAUGUUCACAUUCCCAGGCAGGUACAUUAAAGCGCCAUGGACAGUCUGGGAUAGAAGUUGGGUCUGAAGACCCACCGUGCCUUGCCUCUCCUUCCCCAUCUUCGACCACCUUGCGGAGGCCAAAGAACUCAGAGUCCAGGAGGGGGCAGGAGGGCGAAGAUCACCGACAGCUGCUGCGGAAUCUGGUUCGCCUGUCAAUGGCGGCCUUUGGUGAAAACGGCUCCAUUGAACUCUCCUCCGCCUCUCCAGAAAUCCAACAAGUGUCCCAGCUGCUCUCCUUGCUGCAUCAGGGCCAGUUCCAGCCCCGUCCCAACUUCCGCGGAAACAAGUACUCACACCGAACUGGCAGGUCGGCUGUGCAGGAUGCUGAUUGGCUGAGCACCAAGGACAGCGGACAUGGCGAGAGCGAGGCCGGAGAUGUGGACUGGGACAUGGGUCGAGACUCACCGAUUGACCCUCUGCAGGGGGAGGGCUUGGACACCCUACUCAACAACACAGAUGACGUAUUCUCCGAUGUCCCAGACCCUGCCUGGAUGGCACGCCUGUCACUCCCUCUCACCGCUGACUACCACGAGAAUGUCUUUGUCCCUGACGAGCCCCAGGUUCCGGACCCCUGCACUCCCUUUAUGGAAGCUAAAAAUGACACCUGCUUCUCCACCUUUGGGAAGACGGCUGAGAAGGGUGCCCCCCUGGACGGGGCCCUGCUCUCCGAGGUCAGCACGCUCUUUGAGAUGCUGCUCACCCAGAAGGCUGAGGCCCAGCCGCACACCCCUGCGCAACUGCUGUACCGUCUCUCUGCUGCAUACCGCCGUUCCUUGGGGAUGGAUGGGACACCAACAGGGGGCGCCAGUCCUCCUUAAAACCCUUGGGACGGGGGCAGAAAUCCUUCAGCGAUGCAUUGCCCCACCUUGCUAGGCCCCAGAACAACAGCAAGUGAUGUGAGUGGCUGGUGGGUCUGAGGUUGGACCCUUUGGUGUUACCUCAUUCGAUUAUAUUCCUGCUGGUUCCCUGGCAGACCUGGCCCUCCACUUAUGUGCCAAAAAAACAACAGCUGACUCAGACUCAUUAGGUCAAGCAGGCUCCUGUUCAUCAGCGUGGGAAGAUGUUUUGAGCUCACGCUGGAAUAGCCAAUAGAUCUUACUUUUUUUUAGCAGCUGUCAACAGCUAACAACAAUAGUUUUUUGGAAAGCUAAUCAUAGUCACCUCUGAACCAUUGUGAGAUAACUGACAUAAGACUGUGUUUUUCUAUGACAAAAACUAUUGGCAUGGGCAAUCUGAAACUGCAUUACCACCAGCAACCAGAAGGGGUGCUGAAGCACUACUAUUUCCAGCCCUACUUCUGAUUCUCCCACCUUUUUAAUGUUUGUAACUGAACAGGAUAAAGUAACAAAAAAAGGGGGGGGGGGCAAAGUUCCUCAGGGGCUAUGCAGACAUCACUGACGGAGUACAGCGGGGGCUGAGUGGGAGCAAGCUGGUGGCCAUUGUGAACAACAGGGGGACUGUUUGUUUACGGGUCUGACUGCUCCCAUUUCGCAUGUGAAGGAAACGGCACUUUGUUUCCAAAGACAAAACGCCAAUAACAGCUACCUUGCUUCUGAGAAGCAAUGAGUGACAAUCUGAGCACAAUGGACCUCGUCCGUUCCCAGUCCCAGAGGAAACCAACCGUUUUUAUCCAGCAACAGCUUGUAUUCAAUGGUUAAAGAAUGCAAUCAUCUACAGCAUUUUUAAUGAGUUCCACAUUUAUGUUAAACAUACACAACAAUUUAAUGUCGUGAAAUGGCCAAAAACUGGCCAAGAUGUGUAUGAAUGAAGCUCUCUGGUAGAGCCAUCUCGUAAAAUUGUUUUUUUUUUUUUGUUAUAAACGAAACAGACAGCACUUUGUAUAUAAGUUUUUCUAAUAAAAUAAUUACUCAGG